CGGCGGGAAGGGCGAAGUAGAAGCAGUUCAUCAUGUCUGCCGAGGAGGUCGCUAAGGCCUUCGUGCAGCACUACUACACCACGUUCGACACGAACCGGGCGGGACUCGCCAGUCUUUACCAAGACGUGUCCAACCUGAGCUGGGAAGGACAGAUGUCCACGGGCCAGCAAGCCAUCGUGGCCAAGAUGCAGGCUCUACCGGCCGUGCGUCACGAGUAUCCGACUGUGGACAUUCAGCCGUCAACAUCGGGCAACGCUAUGAUCAUCUUCGUGCAGGGCAAGAUGCAAAUCGAGGAGAACAACCCGAUCCAGUUCACGCAGGUAUUUCAACUUGUAGCCCACCAGCCUGGCCAGUAUUACAUCCACAACGACGUCUUCCGUCUGCAGUACGGAUAAACGACUUGGUCGCUACGUUAGUUCCGAGUCAAUGGGACGAAUUCUGCCUCAAAGCCCUCCUACAGUUUAAAGGAGGUGGCUACACAACAGGAGAGGAGGACCAAUCCCAAGAAGCUCGACGUGGAGUAAUUUUUACCUCAAGGGGGGACACGCUACAGGUGGUACCUGUGGGCUGCGUGCGUUGUGACGUAGGAUACGGAAAACGGUGAAUAGAUACUCUCUCCCCUUGA